AAUCGUUUCAAAUUCAAAGGAACCGUUGUAUGAGUCGGACUUUCAGCGGUGCGGAAUAAACAUGUGGGAGAACGAUCAAGUGAAGUACGUGCGUGUCUCUGUUCAGUUGCUUUUAGUGGGAGCUGUCCUCCUCGUUGCCCCUUCAACUGCGGGCGACGCAAAAUGUGAGGACAAUGACGGUCCCAUCACGCACCCUUUGAUGGACUUAUCCACGGAUGAAAUUAUAAAUUAUUUUGGAUACCCGGCUGAAACCCAUUACAUUACAACGGUUGAUGGGUACAUUCUAACGAUGCAUAGAAUCCCUAACCCAGGAGGCGUCCCUGUAUACCUGCAGCAUGGGUUUAUGGAUAGCUCAGCAACUUGGGUUCUAACGGGACCAGGAAAAGCUUUGGCUUUCAUUUUAGCGGAUGAAGGGUACGAUGUAUGGAUGGGGAACUUCCGAGGAAACAGAUACUCGAGAAAUCACGUCUGUAAGUCGGUCGAGGACAAUGAAUUUUGGGACUUCUGUUGGGACGAUAUGGGGAAGAAGGACGUAACAGCGAUGAUCGACCACGUGUUGGACGUGACUUGCUGGCCGAAGCUUUUCCACGUGGGUCACUCGAUGGGUACAACGACGUUCUACGUGACGGCCUCGUGCGUCCCUGAAUACAACCAAAAGGUCUUCGCCCACUUCAGCCUCGCACCAGUGGCCUUCAUGAAACACUGCAAGUCCCCAAUACGCUACUUCACCUACUGGGAACCCUUUCUCCAGAGAGAGACGGGGACAUGGGAGAAUGGAGCUAAACCCUCUGAUCUCAUCGAGCAAAUAGAGAAAAACAUCAUUGAUCAUAGGGGAAAGGAGGAUGAUUUACCUGACGUAAAAGCACUGAAAACCAUCGGAAAGAUUGCCCUCCAUGGAAUGCAACAUGGAGAAUUGACGGUUGAGAUUGAUGAACCUCUGAAAGAACUCUGUAUCGCCAACUCAACAAAUGAAAACAUUUGCAAGAAUUUCAUGUUCAUCAUUUUUGGCUACGAUGAGAAGCAAAUGGACGAGAGCCUCAUACCCGUUUUUCUCGGACACACUCCUGCGGGAAGUUCGGUGAAGGUUAUGAAUCACUAUGCCCAAGAAAUCGAUUCAGGUCACUUUAGACAGUUUGAUUACCACAGUCCCAAGCAAAAUUUGAGACACUACAAUUCUGUCACUCCACCCAAGUAUGAUUUGAACCAGAUUACGGUUCCAAUUUCUUUGCACUACAGUUCAAAUGACGCUCUAGCCGCUGUCUUGGACGUUCAAAGACUAGCGAAGGGUCUGCCGAAUCUAAUCAACAUGCAGUUAGUGGACGAUCCGAUGUGGAAUCACAUCGAUUUUACAUGGGGUAUAGAGGCUCCAAAACUCGUUUACGAGAAUGUAAUAAGCAUCAUGAAAAACAUAACCAUGCCGCCAUACUGACGGUUACAUCACGGGAAAAGGAGGACAAGACCCUGGACCUCUUCGAAUAAUUUCACCCGAACAUUUGCACCCUCGCCAAUUCGGCUGAGAAAUAGGUCUUUGAAUAAAUCUUAUAAAGUGGUGAGGUACCCGAGAUCUGCUGUGCGUUGUAUCAAGAAUAUAUGUUGGUACGCGUGAAAAAUACAACGAUUCACUGGACGAGGUGCAAAUUUCAGCACGAUAAUACAUGUUUCUUCAUCAAAAUUUCACGUACAGCACGAUUUGUACAACGACAAUCACUGAAAGUAACUUAUAGCUAAGAUAUUAUUGAUUUUUGAUGCAUAAAUUCAUACUUCCCGCUAUCAGAAUUUUUUUUUUUUUUGUGAUAUAUGGGAAAUAGUACAAAAAUAGAUUUGGAAGUAAGAAAAUUAACCAUCUAGUAACGUCAUCUGGCACACACACAUCUUAAACACAUGUUUUUGGCAGACUAGAUCAUUUUGUCAUAAAUCUCCUCCAAUAAUUGUUCAAUUUUUGAACCAAGGCUCUCCUAGUUUCCAAUUCAGUUCUUUCCAUUUAAACACAAAAGUCAAAAUUUCAGGUGCCCGCAAAGUCUCCAUUGUUAAAUCACACACUCUGUACGUUGCCGUAAUAGUCUCUGCAAUGUAAAAAUAUUACAGCCUCAGUAUCUCAACACUAAGGCUCAGCUAUUGCGAGUUUUUUACACUUUGAACAAAACAGGGUGGGAAAGAAACAAUGUUCAAUUGAGAAGCUUGCUAAAACCGCUGUAGUGCGCUAUUCGAUUCAGGGAGAUUCAUGUUUUUCUUGUGAGCGGGAAAUUCAAAUUUUUCGUCACCAAUCCUGAAGAAAAAACCUCAUUUUCUUGGUUUAGAGUUAUUAGUUAUUUUUGUCGCGCAUGUUGUGUUAAACGUGAAAUUUUGUUGAGCAAACGUCUCAGAAUGCUUAAAUUCAUGUACUGAAAAAAAAUCUAAUGAUAUUUUCACUAAAAACGUCGUUUCUUGUCGACAAAAUUUAUUUAUUUGUAGUUAAAUCCGUGCGGAUUAAACUUAAAGUCAGUUUCCUUGAGUUAAAGAGACGUUGUCUUAUGGUCAUUUUUUUUAACUUAAACGUAACGAUAGCAAAACGACGCUUUUAAAAAAAACUGAUGUUGAGUUGUUUCUGCACGGACUUAACUUGAAAAAACCAAAUUUCGUCAACAAGGAACGACUCUUUAAGUCAGAAUAAUAUCUCAAUAAAAAUAUUUUUCAUAGUGUGCUUUGCUCAGUGUGACCCAUUUAGCAACUUUCAGCAUUUUACUUUUAGACAUUGGACCAACUUUUGGAUGAGGAUAACAAAAAAUUCGGCAUUUUUAUUCUUUUACCCAAGUCGUGCCAAUUUUAAAUGACGGAUUUUCGUUAUCACUCUAAAAGUCGGGUAACUUUGUAUAUUAUGUCGAUUUUUGUAUCUUACAGAUAAUUUGAUUGUUUUGUUCUUUUUUUCCCGUGAGGACCAGCAUCUAAAUGGCGUUUGCAAAAAAAAGUUCCUUGUAAAUGAAUAAUAUUUAUAGUUGUAUAUUUUUAACUCCUAUUGAGAUGUUGCAAAAUUGUAAAAAAAAUCAUAUUUAUUAAAUUAUUCUUGUCGUAAAAA